UAUUUGUAAAGGAGACGCUGAGCCAACGGUACUGCAGCUGGAGUAGAUAAACAAGAUACUGAUAAAUAUCCAUCGACACGCGGAAAAAGAGCGGGAAUAAGGGCCGCACCGAGUUAAACAUAGACUGUACUCAGCUGGCGAUUAUUACCAAGCGGAGAGAUAAGAUUUUUAUGGAGGAGAGACGGCACGAGAGCAGCGCGAGGUGGGAAGGAAAGAAGCUCAACAUCUACACAAAGGGAUGAGAGGGGGAAGGUCUAAUCACACAAUGAUCUCCACACAUUCCUGAUUUAGCUGAGGAGAAGCACUAUUAUAAAGUUCAUUUAUAUCCCACUAUUGUCUGUCUUCCAUUCUCUGGCCUCUCCAGCUGAGUGGCUGCCCAUGUUCCCUAAGCUUUGUCAUUUUUGCUACACUGCUGGCAUGCUCCAAUGCUGAGCUCCGCCACAUAGCCAUACCAUGACCAGUCUAAAGCGUUCACAGACCGAACGCUCGGUGGGUGGCUCUGUUCCCGCCACAGAUGAGUUUUACACUCGUCGUCUGCGCUUGCCCAAUGGAGGUGCACCACCCCCUCGCAGCGAGAGCACACACUUGACUGGCACGCCUGGAGUUCCCAAAAUGGGAGUUAGGGCAAGGGUUGCUGACUGGCCCCCCAGGAAAGAUGGCGGCAGUGGAGGAGGUGGAGGGGGAGGAAAUGAAGGGGGUGUGUGGCACAUCACAGUGGAGACUGAUUCCCCUUCUACCACCACAGGAAGCACCCAGAGUAACUUGUCAACCAAGCUUGGUCACCUGAUCAGCCCUCAGGACUCAUCCAUGCUGCGUAACAUUCACAACACACUGAAGAACAAGAUGCAGAGCAAAGGUAAAGACAAUCGCUUCCUCUCCCCGGAUGGUCAUCUUGGUUCGCCCCGCAAGAGCAUGCGGCGCAUCCGACAGCGCAGCAACAGCGAUAUCACCAUCAGUGAGCUGGACGGCGAUGGCAGUGAGGGCUGGUCUUUUUCAGGCUGGACACCCAUGCAUAGAGAGUACGGCAGUACCUCAUCCAUUGACAAGCAUGGCGUAUCUGGUGAGAGCUUCUUCGAUAUGCUUAAAGGUUACCAGACCGAUGCUCCUGACCAGCGCAGCCCUGCCCCUGAUAAGUUGAGUGAGUUACUGACAGUAGCCCAUAAACAAACUGCCCUUGACCUGCCUGAUGGACCUCUGGGUCCUCCACGUGGCAGUCCCGCCAGUCGCCUGAAAGAAAGAGAAAAACACCUGAAACGGCGUUCCAAGUCAGAGACAGGUGGAGAGUCCAUUUUCCGCAAGCUACGUAGCGUCAAAGCUGAAGGUGAUUCAUCACGUGCAGGUUCUGAUGCAGAAGAUGGAAAGUCUGACGAUGCAGGUCCUCCUCCCAAACCAUGGGUCUGCCAGAAAGGGUUUGCACACUUUGACAUCCAGAGUAUUCUGUUUGACCUGAAUGAGGCUGUGCAAAGUCGACAAAGUGCAGUUAAGAGGAAGAACACUACCACCGGUGCCUCUGCUGCAGCUGCUGCCUCUGCCUCCAACACAUCAUCUCUCUCAUCCACACAAAGCGGGGCUUACAGCUCCCCUUGCGGUAGCCAGGAGGAGCUUAACAUCAAGGAUGGACUUUCUCUUGACUCAGGUGAUGACAAGAGCAACGAUCUGGUUCUUAGCUGCCCGUGUUUUCGUAAUGAGAUUGGUGGUGAAGGAGAGAGAAAUAUCAGCCCUUCAAAGCAGGGCAGUAUCGGCAGUGGGGCCUCCAGCUCUUCAAGAGAUGAAGAAGGAUCCCCUGAAAGAGCUCCCAACACCCAUUUUAGCAAUGCAGGUGUGGCUGUUCUUGAAGCGCCCAAGGAUGGCAAGAGUCUCCACCAUGAUCGUGGAAAAAGCAACAUAGUUGAACAUGUGGACUUGGGUGCCUAUUACUACAGAAAGUACUUUUACUUGAGAGAGCACUGGAACUACUUGGGUGUCGAUGAGACACUGGGGCCAGUAGCUGUUAGUAUUCGUCGGGAGAAACUGGAGGAUCACAAAGAGCAUGGCCAGCAAUACAAUUACAGAAUCAUCUUCCGAACCAGUGAGUUAACAACCUUACGGGGCUCCAUUUUGGAGGACUCUGUGCCCUCCACCUCAAAGCAUGGCUUAGCUCGAGGCCUGCCUCUGAAAGAGGUGCUAGAAUAUCUUGUCCCUGAACUCAAUGCUCACUGCCUCCGACUUGCCCUCAAUACACCCAAGGUCACAGAGCAGCUGAUGAAACUGGACGAGCAGGGGCUCAGUUUCCAGCUGAAGGUGGGAGUCAUGUACUGCAAGGCUGGGCAGAGCAGCGAGGAGGAGAUGUACAAUAAUGAGGCAGCAGGUUCCUCCCUGGAGGAGUUUCUGCAGUUGCUGGGAGAAAGGGUGCGCCUUAAGGGUUUUUCUAAGUACCGUGCACAACUGGACACUAAAACGGAUUCUACUGGAACCCACUCUUUGUACACAACUUUUAAAGACUAUGAGAUCAUGUUCCAUGUGUCGACAAUGCUCCCCUACACACCCAAUAACAAACAGCAGCUGCUAAGGAAAAGACACAUUGGAAACGACAUAGUUACAAUAGUGUUUCAAGAGCCCGGUGCAAAACCCUUUAGCCCCAAGAACAUCCGUUCACACUUUCAACACGUCUUUGUGGUUGUACGAGCACACAAUCCAUGCUCUGAAAACACCUGCUACAGUGUUGCAGUGGCACGCUCACGAGAUGUACCUGCUUUUGGACCAACUAUUCCUGAGGAAGCAACAUUCCCAAAGUCCACCAUCUUUCGAGAUUUCUUGCUGGCCAAGGUCAUUAAUGCCGAAAAUGCAGCCCACAAGUCGGACAAAUUCCGCGCCAUGGCCACUCGGACAAGGCAGGAGUACUUGCGGGACCUGGCUGAACGCCACGUUACGAGCACACCUAUCGAUCCCUCUGGCAAAUUUCCUUUUAUUUCUCUGGCCCACAAGCGAAAAGAGAAGACACGGCCAUAUCUUGGUGCAGAACUGCGCAGUCCGGGGGCCAUCACCUGGCCUGUUUACGCAGAGGACCACGGGGCUGGAGGAGAACUGGAAGGCCUACUGGCCAUUUCCAAUGACUUCCUUGUGCUUGUGGACCCAGAGGCCAAGGCUGUAGUCUUCAACUGCACUGUCCGAGACGUUAUUGGUUGGACUAUGGGAAGCCCUGCUUCCAUGAAGAUCUACUACGAGCGUGGAGAGAGCAUCUCACUGCGCUCCAUCAACAACAACACAGAAGACUUCCGUGAGGUUGUCAAACGUUUGGAGCAUCUUACUAAAGGCUGUGAAACCAGUGAGAUGACCUUGCGGAGGAAUGGACUGGGCCAGCUUGGUUUUCAUGUUAACUACGAGGGCAUUGUGGCAGAGGUGGAGCCAUACGGUUACGCCUGGCAGGCAGGGCUGAGGCAAGGCAGUCGAUUGGUUGAGAUAUGCAAGGUGGCUGUGGCAACACUUUCACACGAACAGAUGAUAGACCUGCUCCGCACCUCAGUGACUGUGAAAGUUGUGAUCAUACCACCCCACGAGGACACCACACCUCGGAGGGGCUGUUCAGAGCUGCACCGUAUGCCUGUGGUGGAAUACAAGGGUAGCAAUGAGAGCGGCUCAUUUGAGUACAAGUUCCCUUUCCGGAGCAAUAACAACAAAUGGCAGCGAACCUCGUCCAGUCCACAGCAGUCCCUCACCGCCUCGCCCCAGAGUCACAGCGGAACACCGAACCGGGCCGUCAGCCUAGGGGCCAGCAUGGGCAAAACCCUCUCUGCUGAGCGGUCUGAGAGAGCUGCUCAAAUCCCCCGCAGCGUUUCUAGUGAUGGCCGGCCACUGGAUUGCAAAAGGAUGUCUCCAGGUUCUGAGAGCUAUGCCCUGAGCUCCUCUCUCAUGUUGGGCCGCUCGCCGCACAACCGCAGCUCCCCCAGUAACCUCUCCUGCUCCAGUGACACGGGCUCAGGCGGCUCAGCUCACUGGAGGCAGAAGUCCAUGCCUGAGGGAUUUGUGCACAACAGGCACUCUCCUCUACCAGCAGAGCGGCAAAUGGUGGCAGAAGGUGGGAGCAGCGGCAAGUCGACCCACAGCUGGACCAGAGUGGAGGACAGCUCUGACAGACCACCAUCAGAUGCUCCGGUCACUAAGUCUAGCUCCUCCUACUCAGGCGGCCCACGCAUCCAGAGGCAGGAGCAGGUCAUUCACCUUUCCCCCAAGAAGGGCAGCCAGUCAGAAGGUCCUUACUCUCACUCCAGCAGUAACACACUCUCCAGCACCACGUCCAGUGGGGGUCACAGUGAUGACAAGUGGUAUGAUCUGGGUGGUGGAGGACUGGGAGACCAGCCGGAUGCAGAGCCAAAUGGUCUAGGUGGUGGUGGAUACCUGAAGGGCACUUCAGCAGACAGUGGCAUUGAUGCCACAUCGUACGGCCCCCCUCAUGGGAGUCCCAGCUCUCUGCUGGCUGUGGGAGCUCCUGGGCCACCUAGAGAGCGUGCCCCUUCACCCUGGCACAGCCCCACAGAAGGGGGCCGGAGGGUGCUUGAGAGGUCCCCUCCUGCUGCAGAGUCUCCAGUGUCCCCUGCAGAUGGGCCGCCUACUACCCGAAGCCCACCAACUCAUCUGCUGGUCCGGGAUGGCAGUUCCUACAGUCUGAGUGAAAUGGCAUCCUAUUCCAGCACACGCCACUCUGUCAGCCCUGCAGUCCUGAGCUCCAGCCACAGCUCCCCACGAGAAGAGUCUUCCUCAGCCACCUCCUCCUCAUCCUCCCAGAGCUCUGUGUCACCUGGCCCCAAGAGUUUCUAUCCUCGUCAGGGAGCCACCAGCAAGUACCUGAUUGGCUGGAGGAAACCGGGCAGCACCAUCAACUCUGUGGACUUUGGGGACACACGCAAAAGACCACAGGGUGAAGGGACAGAUGGUGGUUUAUCUCAGCCCAGGCCUUCUCUCAGAGAUCUGCACUCUCCUCAAGCUAUGUGCAAGUCCACAGUGGAAAAGGACCUGAAGAAACUCAGUACACCAGACAGUCCCCCAUCCAAACAACACAAGGAGAAGCAGUCAUCCUCCUCAGGCCCAUCAACUUCAGGGCGGCGUUCUCUACAGCGCACCUUGUCAGAUGAGAGUAUAUAUCGGGGUCAACGGCUGCCAUCUCUGGGAGAUUCCAUUCUAGAGCAGGCUCUUGCCAGCGACGUGCUCUUCAGCUGCUCUACCCUUCCGCGAUCUCCAACCACCCGUGGCGCCCCAUUGCGUAGACCCUCCUACAAAAUGGGCAUCAAGAUGCAUGGUGACUUCUCAGCAUCUGACACGUCUCUAGCAGACCUGCAUGAGCGACAGAGGCUGCCUCCACCUGAACUGGGUCUCAUGCCCCUUCCAGACACGGACACUGACAGCGGCCUGGACUGGACCCACCUCGUGGAUGCUGCCAAUGCUUUUGAGGGUGAGAGAAGACCACAGCGCAUCCAGAGAGGAUAUAUGUUUAGUUCUCAGGACGUCAGUCAGAGAGGAGAGAGUUCACUCAGUCCUCAACACCUAGACCUUCAGCCAGUGCCCCACUCCAGACUCUCUCCUAGUGAAGGGCCUACAAGCUACAGUGGAAAGGUUUCUCAGCUGGAGGCUUUGGUGAAGAUGUUGCAGGAGGACCUGAAGAAGGAAAGGGAAGAUAAAUUGAAACUGCAGGCACAAAUUAAGAGGCUUUGGGAGGACAAUCAGAGGCUGCAAGAAGAGUCUCAAAGCUCUGCAGCCAAGCUCAAGAAGUUCACAGAAUGGGUCUUUAAUACCAUCGAUCUGAACUGAGUCAUCUGCAGAAGACAGGGGAAAUCAAUGGACUUUCUGAGGACCAGACAGACAUGGGAGAGACUUACUCACUGCACCAUGUGCUACCGGAUUGAGAACUAUCCACUCAAAAUUCAAAAAUUUCAUUUUCACAUUAACAUUUCUUCACGAACUGCUAAACAUUUUAAACUUUGUUGAUGAGGAACCAACAUUGACAUGACUCAAAGUUGGAGGAGGGCAAAAGAAAAAAAAAAUCUAUACUUCUAGUUCGCCUCUCCAGAUCUCUUGGGACAUCAUUAGAAGUGCCCACAGGAGUAACUAGUAACUGUCUGUGAUGCCAGCCUCUGCCUUCCAGGCUGUUACAUUUUUGUCCCUCCUGUGUCCUACUAACAACUGCCAAUCUGACAUUCUGUUUCAGUCAUUUGGACAGUGCUACAGCCCAGCCCCAUCCAGACCUUAGACACCUAGUAGAAGAAAAAAAAAAAAAAAAACGAAACCAUGACUCAGCUACAUGGCCAUAUUUCAGCGCAUCCUCUUCAUUUCACCUUGAGCACCAAUUUUUGCCAUGUUGUGAAAUUUUGCAGAGUCAUUGUGGUUUUGGAGUUUCUGCUUUUUUUCUUGACUGCUCCGCUAUCAAAUUUGUAGAAAGCCUGCCCGCAUGCUCUGGCAAAUCAAUCUACAAAACUCCCUGCUCUUCGGAUACCAUUUGCAUUUCAGAAGAAGAAAAAGACAAUUUUUCUGAGGUGGCAUGAAGUGAUCUGCUCACAAUAAAGUCAAUACUUGUGUUGUGUUGUGGUGUUUCAUCUCAACAUCAAUCAAAGCAAUAGCAGGGAGUCUAAAUCCUUGGCCUAAAGACCAAGCUCUGCAGGACUAAAAGCAAACCAUAAUGACUCUGGCAAUAUUCUGCCUCGAUUCCUCUUACGCAAAGCUGUAUAUCUUAAGUCUGUGGUACGAACGCUGGAGAUCCUACAGUCUCCAAGAAUGCCGAUCUGGAAUUUAAGGACAAGUCUUAAUUUGAGAACAGUUCCGUUAUUUAUUUCAGUUGUUAUGAGUAAAUAAGAUUCUCUUUGCGUGCAGUACAACAGACAUCUGUGAAUACCAUUUAUUUAGGAAGGGUCUGUUAAUUAUUUUGUUUUUAUAUUAUUAUUUUGUUUUUUAUUUUUAGUAGAGUUCAGCCUGAGUUGCAGUACCUUUUGUUGUGCACGUCGUGGUGCCCUAGUCUGCUAUUGUUUCUUUAGUGCCAUCUAGUGGUGAUAAGUGAUUGUCUCACUUGAUUUCAGCUGUAAUCUAUUCCAGUUUGUUUACACAUUGCCUAUACACACCCAUGCAAACAGUAGUCUUGGAAACCUUUCAUUUAGAGAGUUAACACAAUGAAAAGCAGACACACGGGUGUUGGAUCCAAUAUCAGGGAUGAGAGGAAUUGCCUUUCUGAAAAAAGGGAUAAAAAGUCAGACUCUAAUGUAAGAAGAGCAUGAGGCGCCUUCAAGAAUUAAACCGUUAACAGGAGACACAAGUUCCCUUGAAAAAUUUAAUGGUCUGCAUACACACAGAGUAGGUUCUCAGGUGCUGGAUGAGUUUUUUCAAGCGGCCAUCAUUGCGUUAUGAGUGUGGAACCAAGAGGAAGAUCCAACCAGAGGGAUGGUUUAGUUAAGAGCCAGGUUCACUGCUUGGGAUCAGUAAUAUUGAACAGCUUGCCCUGUAAUCUCACACCCAUUUAUUGCACUUUGCUCCUGGUUCUCUCGUCUGAACGUAGUGGCAUUCCUGGACCAGAAAAAUCAUCAAAGACUAAACACUCUGCCCUAGUUCUAUCACUGUCCCAGUAAUGUAUAUUGUAUAGAUCUAAAUUUUCCGGUCAGCAGGGCCACUUUAUACUGUUCAGCAAGCACUAGCCAAUUUCUCAGUAUAAUGAAGACGGUGUCAAUUUCUAGAUACUUUAUGUAUUACGAAGAUGAUGUGCACAAUGGAUCCGGAGGUAACUUUGAUUUGCGCUUGUGUAGCAUGCAGCGAUAAUCGAUUCUGUUCUAGGAAUCACUAGAAGUAUCUCAGAAACUGCCUCCUGAUACCUGUGGAGAAUGAAAAACUAAGAAUGCCAAACAUUUUGACUGCACAACACAGAGAAUAACAUGCCCAAGUGAAUAAGAGAUUAUUAGUUUCAUUUCCGCACUGCAGUUUUCAGUUUUGCUCCUUCAGUACACAGGAGGGUAUAAAAUGAGUAUCAAACUUCCUGACUGCUGAAAAUAUGACUGCUAUUUAUUCUCUCAUCUCUCACCUCCCCUCUGGUUUGGUAUUCCUUUUUCCAGCUUUCUUAAUCCUGAAUCAUUUUUAAAACAUAAAUGGCUUUGUUCUAAAAAAAAAAAAAAAAAAAAGGUAAAAUAUUGAUGACUAUGUUAAUGUGAAUGUUUCUUUUUUCAUUCUCCUCUUUUCUUAUUUUGUUCUUAGUUUCCUGAUUUAAAUUUCUUUGCACUGUUUUUGUUUUGUAUACAUUUUCUAUUGCUAUUGGUUUAUGGACAUGCAUAAACAUAUGGCUCUUGAUGUUGUUUCUUGUUAUGUAUGCAGUUAAUUUUAAAAGAGGCAAGGCUGGGAUUGUGCUUCCCUCCUUGUAUGUCUUUUAUAUUGUGUCAUUAGACGUUACUUCAUAUAUUCUCCCAUCUGAACUUUAAAGAAUUGUGUUUUAUUGAGGAGCAUUACAAUUAUGAAAAGUAAUGUUUACAUAUACUGUUCAUCAUCUUUGUAAAGUGUAGAGGUUUAAAAAGAGACAAUUUCCAGUGAUUCCAAUAUUAAGGUUUCAUAAAUAAAUAAUAAUAAAAAAACUUGAUUUGAGGUGCUGUAAUUAUUCAUGAACUGGUCAAAACAAAUGCUGCAUGCAUGCCACCUCCUCAAUGAGGUGUAAUCUGCCAUUGCUUUCUGAGCCAAUAAAUUUCUUUAAAUGCCA